CACAUGACUUCAAACCAUCCUUGUGGACCCUUUGUUGUUGGCUUUUUGGCAGGGUUAUCGUAAUCGAGUGUAACGCUUUGUCUUUUGUCAUAUGGUAUUUUUGAGCGCCAGUACAAGCCACAAUCAGUGGAAUAAAAAAAAAAACAGCUCGUAAUUGGAGGCAAGAGAGAAGUCACAGUCGAGAUGCACACAAAGACGGAACAGAAGAGAAGGAACGAUUGAAGGAGUUCGGCAUAGCCACGAGAAGGACCAAAGGAAGUGUAGUGGACUACUUACAGCAACAGAGUGAAAAUUUUAAAUGCACGGUUUUUCUUAUUUGUGGUGAAUUAGACGUUUUCGCUUCUACAUUUUCCGGAACUAUCCCACACCCGAACCACGGGUUUAACAAGAAACAUCGUAUUGUGGUAGCUGUAUGCAUUAGCGAUAGAUUUUUCUCCGUGUGUUUGCCUCAUAAUUAAAAAUUAAUAAACGAGCAGAACUGCACUCGGGCAGCACUCUGUCAUCAUGAUAUUAGGCUAUCAGCACAUCAGGAUCGGAACACUACGAUGCCGCCAUCUCCACUGCAUUCUCUUUUGCCUCUUGACCAUCGCUGCUGUGCUCGGUGUCCAGUCGUCCUAUCCCCAAGGCAGCGACUGUGCGCCUGACAAAGGAAAAGAAUGUCCAGAUUUGUCUGAGAAGAAAAGUGAUUUACGAUUGUGUGACAAAUCCUCAUGUCGCUAUGAUGGAAUCUGCAGUGCUGACCAUAAAUGUGUAUGCAAGUUUAAGUGUCAUGAAAAAUACAUCCCUGUGUGUGGAUCUAAUGGGGACACCUAUCAGAAUGAGUGCUUCUUGAGACAAGCAUCCUGCACUCAGCAGCGUCUUGUAUCUCUAGUCUCUAAUGGACCCUGUGAUCCAGAUAGCAGUUCAGGAUCUGGGGAUGAAGAUGAUGAAGGAUCAGGUACAGAUACAAGCAAGAAACUCACUAAAUGUAGCAACUGCAAAUAUGGUGCUGAAUGUGAUGAGGAUUCAGAAGAUGAAGACUCGUGUUCAUGUAAAAUUGACUGUAGUGGGCAUAAUGAGAAUCCAGUGUGUGGUACAGAUGGCAACUCCUACAACAACCCCUGUCUUGUACGGGAGGCUUCAUGUCUGAAACAAGAGCAGAUUGAUGUUAAACAUCUAGGGAGAUGCCCAGACAAGGGGAAAAAAAAUGAUGAUGGACUGUCCUACAAGACUGAUCUUUUUGACCCAGCAGAUACAGGAGAAGGGAAAGGAUAUGGCUGGAUGCCGAUUCCCUGCUCAGAUGACAACUUUUGUGUUCAUGGCCACUGUGAAUUCAAAUAUGGACAUUCCUCGUGUCGGUGUGAUUCUGGGUACACAGGGCCACAGUGUGAGGAAGUUACUGACUUUAACAUACUGUAUGUGGUGCCAAGUGGUCAAAAACUGCACUAUGUACUCAUAGCUGCUAUUAUUGGAGCUGUGCAGAUAGCCAUUAUUGUGGCCGUUGUCAUGUGCAUCACCAGGAAAUGCCCUAAGAAUAACCGAGGACGUCGGCAAAAGCAUUUCUCUUCAGACACCCCAUCCAGGAUGAUGUAGCUUGUUUUAUUUUUGCUUUUAUACCUUUUGUACCAUGUGGAUUUCAAUUAAGAGUAUGUUUUGUUUUAUUCUGUGUUUAACUGUGGACAAUAGGUUUAUUUUUAGUUUAUUUAUGGUGCCUUAUUGUUUAUUUUCUUCUGGACAUUUAAGGAGCUUGUUGACAGUAGUAAGCACUGCCAACAGAAUGAUGAAAGCCAGCUUUUCAUUGUCUACCUUUUUCUGUUACUUAUUUUUGGUAAAUGUCUGUGAAAUGUUCUUGGUACAGUUGCUGUACACUUUGUUACUGAAUGUGUUUACUUUAGUGAGUGCAGCUGAACACCAAAUGGAGUUGGUUAUGUAUGACAAUACAACAAAAAUUUUUUUUAAAGGUAAUUGCAGACAAUGGAAUGCAGUGUGGGUGGAUAGUUAAUGUUGCAAUGUUAAAAUGUGUGUAGAUUUUAAUUUGUAAGAUUAUUGGUGGUGUCCUUGAUAAAGUUAUUAAUUUAAUUCUAGACACUGCAUAUCGCAUGAAACUGUGUCCAGUGAUGUAGAUUUAACAGAAUUAAAUGAACUGUCUUCUGAUUUGUCUACUGUCAACUGUAUCAACAUAUUUAUUUAUAUUUUUGUUUAUUGUUUUAUGUUUUGCUUCCAUAUGCUUAAAAAAUUCUUAAGAAAGCUGGCUUCUUAAGAUAUAUAGCGGAGAUAGAAAGCUCCUUCAAACAUACCAUGCACUUGGGAAAGGGUUUUUUCUAGACCAUGCAUGUACCUUGCUGUACUUGCAGUACUUGCUGUGUACUUUGAAGCUUUGGCUGUAUAGUUUGUGUUUGGUUGUAUCUCAUAUUGUGAUUUCUUUUAAUUUUAAGUUAAAUGUAAAAAUUUUACUUUAUUGAAAGGGUUUAGCCACGGAGAAUGAUUUUGCUGACUUACAGUAAUGUUUAACUCUCACAUUCUAAGGACUACCACCUACAUAUGUGUGGUCUUGUUAGGGUUCAGCAUGACCCCCAUUAAGGGUCCCCACUUCUGACAUACAUUUGUUGUAUGUAUACAACUGAGCAGUUUAGUGUUAAGGGCCUUAGCAAUGGUAGCUUUCAAACUACAUAGCUGUCCAUAACUCUCUAUACCUCUCAGUAUCAUAGUACCAUAACUCUCUAAAUCUCUAAGGGACCAGCACUGAGCCAAACCCCCCCAUCCAUUGGUAAUUGAACCCUGGUCGCAGUGGUUAGAGGGAUCCUAGCCACUGUAACACAGUAAAAUGUUACAGUUUUGGUGGUUUUAAUUAAUUACGUUUCCAUUACACUCUCAGGAACACCCCCCCCCCACACACACACCUUUGGGAUCUUUUUUAUCAUUACACAUUCAGAGUGGAUUCAGGAUUGAUCAAUCCAUCAUAGCACAUGUUUGACUACACCAGUGUUCUUUCAGAGCUUAUCAAACAAGAUUUGGAAAUAUACAAUUGAAUUAUGUACAAACAACAAUACUAGUAAAAUAGCAUUUUUGUGUAUGCAUAUUUCAAUUGUUUUGAUUUUGAAUAUUUAAAAUUCUCAUGCAAAUAUCCCUUCACCUUGGAUCUCUGACCGGAUAGAUGUCUGCAUCAGAUUUUAAAUACUGCUUACUUACAUAUCAAGAUAGACAGUCAUAAAAUAGUUAAUAUGACAAUGUCCAAUUAUACAACUCAUUAGACACUUUGUGUAAACAGAUUAAAAACAUCUUUUCCUUUUUAAAACUUAGCAACAGUUUGUAAAGUUUGUGCGUUUUUUUUUUUUU